CACAAACAACAGUAACAUCAUUAUGGAGUCCGACCAAGAUGCCACUAAGACGGCUGUGAGCUCUCCCAAGGACCAAGGACCUGUCAAGACGUGGCUCUCUUCCAGCAAAAGAGGCGGGGUCAAUCCGAAGGCAGUCAUAGACGUUACCUCACGUUUCCAAGGAGACGGGGUUCGUUUUAAGGCCAAGCUUAUUGGCGUAGAUCCGGUUCAAGAACCUCAGGGGGACAAGAUGUGUCUGGACUCCAUGAUGAAACUGAAGGGCCAGGAGGUGGCAGGCAGGAGUCAGGGUAAACACAAGCAGAGGGUAUGGCUAAAGGUCUCCACUGCUGGCCUGAAAAUUGUAGAUGAAAGGACAGGGGUUGUGGAGCACGAUCACGAGUGUGGGAGGAUCAGCUCCUUGAGGAAGGACGAGUCAGAUCCAAGAGCUCUCUCCUACGUCUACCACAGCGAUGGAUCCUACAAACUCUUCUACAUCAAGAUGGCUAACCUGGCUGACCCUGUCCUUACUGACAUCACAGAAGUGUGUCAAAGUCUGGACGAAGUGGCAGAAAAUAACGAAGUAACACAAGCAACUGAUACUGGCUCCUUGUUACUACUUGAUGAAGAUGCAACCAGUCCAACAAAGGGCCUGGAUGAUCUGGACAUCUUCAACCCCAGGCCUAGCUCUCCGACAGGUCAACCGACGCAGGUGUCCUCCAGGGAGGAGCUGAUGGACAUCUUCUCCUUACGUCUGGAGGACCCACCAGCUACCUGUGAAAACUCAGAUAUGAACCUACCAAGAUCUCCACAACAAACCCCAUCACUAUCUCAGAUCCUCUACACCCAUCCAAUAGGGGGCUCUCCCUAUACAUCACCAACCUCCAUCCCUUGGGGCCAGCAAGGGCCCUUCUCGACCCCUCCAAGCAUGGCUUGGGGAGCUCAAGCCCCAGGCCAGUGGUCCCCCCAGCCUGGUGUGGCAGCAUGGCCACCAGGUGGCAUGAUAUCUCAUGGGGGAGCUCAGAUGCAGGGCUAUGGACUGGGAGUGAUGAACUCUCAGCUGGGAGGUCAGUGGGGUCAGACUACAGCCAGCUAUCCCCCAGCUGCCAUCAACUACAUCCCCUUUGGUGGAGAAGGAGUACAGCAGCCUGUCUCUCCUACAACCAUUAACAAACCUCCACUGGGGUGAACUUACUGAGAAAGUUGCUAUUUUCUGUGAUGUUUUUAUAAGGUGAUUUAAAAUGUUUUGGUAUAGGCCUGGCACUUGUAUUUUUUCAAAAGUUUUUUUCCUGAUUAUAAUCUUGAGAUAUAUUGUCAAUCGAAA